CUAGCUGAACUUCGAAUGGCACGAGAUGCUCUAAAGCUGGCUGCGUGUGUUUUUGCGCUGCGCUUCCACUUGGCGCAUCACCGAUACAGGAUGGAGCUGGCAAGCAGGUGAGAGGCGCAUCUUUGGACCCAGUGCCAUCGUGUAACCAUCUGGUCCGCCGAAGUCGUGCUGUAUUGCGGCGGUUGGACAGACUAUUAGUGAACAUGUAAGGGGUUCGCCGGUCCCUCAGUCUCCCGAUUACGGGGUAUACCCCUGUGCCUAUUGCCUUUCACUAAGACAAAGGGACUGCCGGGUGGAUGGAUGGAUGGAUGGACGGACGAUGGUGCAACGAGCAAUAAGAGGUGUACUUAAUGCUGGUGUUUUUAGCGGGCAUCAAGCAAAACUCAAUAAGAGUUCGUCCAGGCAUGUACCUUUCCUUCCCGUUACUACUACAACGUGAACGACUGAUGAUGAUGUGGCUGUGUUUUGCUCACUCCCGCUCACCGCCCUGUCUCGACUGAAAGCAUUGAGGAGGACGACUUGACAGUUUACAGGGUACAGACAAUAUUUAUUAAUAUUCCAUAUGAUUUAAAGACCAACAUUUUACUCCCUGAAUCAACACACCACCGAGGAUGAAAUUCCCUACGGAAAACCCGAGAAAACCAGGGAACUGGACCCCUCCACCAGUGCCUGUGCAGACGAACCUCGUCCCGCCGAAAAAGGUCCAGGCAAGCAUGCUGCAGUCCAGCCUGGUCCAGGCCAGCGUGGCCACCAUGCAGAACCCCAUGGGCUGCUCGGUGCCGCGGCUGUCGGUGUCGCGGCCGGCCAGCAUGGUGGCCAGCAUGGAGGGGGUGGGCGCCGACGGCGUGGCCACCUUCACCGUCAUGAAGUGGAAGACGGCGCUGGCCGUGUUCGUGGUGGUGGUGCUGUACCUGGUGGCGGGCGGGCUGGUGUUCCGGGCGCUGGAGCAGCCCUUCGAGAGCAACCAGAAGGACACCAUCACCAUGGAGAAGGCUGCCUUCCUGCAGAACCACCCGUGCGUCACGCCGGCCGAGCUGGAGGCUCUCAUCAAGCACUCCAUAGAUGCUGCCAACAGUGGCGUCAGUCCCAUCGGAAAAACCUCCUACAACUACAGUCACUGGGAUUUGGGCAGCGCCUUCUUCUUUGCCGGAACAGUAAUCACAACCAUAGGCUAUGGCAACAUUGCCCCAAGCACAGAGGGUGGGAAGAUCUUUUGUAUCCUCUAUGCAAUAUUUGGGAUCCCUCUCUUUGGAUUCCUGCUUGCUGGAGUGGGUGAUCAGCUCGGGACUAUUUUUGUGAAGAGCAUAGCCAAAGUGGAGAAAAUGUUUCGGCGGAAGCACAACCAGAUCAGUCAGACCAAGAUCCGAGUGGCCUCGACGCUGCUCUUCAUCCUGGCUGGGUGCAUCCUCUUCGUCACCAUCCCGGCCGUCAUCUUCAAGCACAUCGAGGGCUGGACGACGCUUGAAGCCAUCUACUUUGUUGUCAUCACCCUGACAACUGUUGGCAUCGGCGAUUACGUGGCAGGGGGUGACCGGAAGAUCGAGUAUCGCAAAUGGUACAAGCCUCUGGUGUGGUUCUGGAUCUUGGUGGGACUGGCUUAUUUUGCCGCAGUUCUGAGCAUGAUCGGCGACUGGCUGCGGGUCCUGUCCAAGAAGACUAAAGAAGAGGUCGGGGAGAUCAAGGCGCACGCGGCCGAGUGGAAGGCCAACGUGCGCGCGGAGCUGCGCGAGACGCGGCGGCGCCUGAGCGUGGAGGUGCACGACAAGCUUCAGCGCGCCGCCACCAUCCGCAGCAUGGAGCGCCGGCAGCUGGGCCUGGACCAGCGUGCCCACUCGCUGGACGUGCUGUCGCCCGAGCGCCGCGCCGCCGCCUUCAACAGCCUGGACGGCAACCACUUCAAGACGUCGUCGCAGGAGAGCAUCGACACCAAGCUCAACAACCUGCGGCUGCGCGCCGAGCUAGGCGACCACCACAGCCACCACCACGGCCACCACCACCACGCGCGCAGCGUCUCCGUCGCCGACCAGGCCUGCUCCGAGGACAACAUCUUCAACCGGCUGAGCUCCGUCACGCGUCUGGCGCGGCGCAGCCGCAACCGCAACGAGCUCAAGAAGAACAUCCCGGACGAGGCGCGCCGCUCCUGCGAGGCGUACAGCUGCAGCAGCCCGUCGGCCAGCGAGGGGGGCAAGAAGGAGGACGAGGAGGCCGAGGACGACGCCGACAAGGAGUGCAACACGAGCCUGACCAACGUGUCCGUCUUCGCCGAGAGCCCCAAGACGCAGAACGGCUUCGUCAUGCUGCAGACCAAAGAGAAGGAGAGCGAGAAAGAGACCGCCAAGGAGGUGCAUUUACAGAUGGACCCUUAGACAGGAGAGAGAGAGAGCAUGCUCACAGAGGGGAACACUUUGGAAGAAACUCAACUAAAACUAAAUAUAUCGACCCAAAUGUGCCUUACACUCAUGCUGUCUCUCUGAGACGAGAUCCUGAAUCCUUGUUUGCCUGUUUUCUUGAACUAUUCACUGUGCCCUGACAACUUGAUAAAGAAAGCUGGAGCAAACUUUCGAGACAUCGCAAGAGAACCUGAAAGGAAAGACGAGUCAUCGCCACUGAAAGAGCCUGACCAAUGCAAUGUGAGAUAGUGAGAAAGGAUCGCAGUGACGAAGCAAGAAAAGCCUAGCAAGAAUAGCAAAUAUGACACUGUAGCAGAUCGGAUCGCCAUUUCCUUUCAGUUUACGACUGGCCAGUGACCGGACCUCCACGGUCAGUGCUGAUCUCGUUCAUCUUGUUCCUUUCUCGGCCCUUUUGUGAAAAGGAAAAGCUGCUAAGAAUAAACAAAGGAUGACGUCACAAGAACUGCUUGCUUAAAGACACUGAGCAUGUCUCUGCUUUCACUUUGAAAGUAUCAACUGAAAGUAUAAACCGUCUUUUAAAAACCUUAGCUACGAGGAGCCAACAAAGUACUAAACAGCUACAUGUAUGUGCAUGAGCUAUACUGUUGUCUACUAAAGUAUGGUGUAUUAAUGAUCAUAUUAAUACUCUAAUGUCCAUGAAUGGCGAUAUCUCAGGGCUUGUAGUCCUACUGGUGUUGCUCAACUGUAUUACUGCAUAUCAAGAGAGGUGCAUUUACACUUUGAAUCUAUUGGGGACGCUGGUUGCACUCUUAACCUGUUUCAGAAGAGAGCCAUUGACAAUGGGUUGGAAGAAAAGCCAUAGUGGAAAUCUGAAAUGAAGGGAUGGUUACGAUUUAAUGCUGAGACAUGUUACACAAUUUGCAAAGAGGAUUGGAUGGGGGAAAAGGAUAUGAUUAUGCUUUUCGGAGGUGACAAAUUUGGUAUUUGGUAAUUUGGUCAUUCUGGUAUUUGAUGUGAACACACAUUUGGCUGGCAUCUCUAUUGCGUGUGAUUAACGUGUCCCAUAGAGUAGUCCUGACACCUGUCUUGUCUGACUUGUUUAUGGCAAGUGUGCUGUUGAAGUUGUGAUGAUCUCUCGGAUGUAUACGGUUUAUAUGUGUGAGAGAUAGUGUGUGUGUGUGUGUAUGUUUUAUCUGUGUGUGUGUGUGUGUGAGAGAGAGAGAGCGAGAGAGAAUAUGUUUGAAGUACAGUAUGUGUGAUCCAUUACUCUCUUGUUAAGAGUCAAGCAGAUUGUAUACAUUGACGAGCCCUAAGGAAACUAAACUUGGGUUAAUAUUGACUCCUUUACCCAUUUUGAACCCUGCACAAUCACCUUAAAGCUUUACAUGUUCUUUGUAUUCCUCUUGUUUGCAAUGAAUUGGGUGCACCAAUGGCAUAUUUGUGAAUGCAGAAAAGGACUUUAAAUGUUCAUGAUAAAAUAAUGAAGAAAAAAAAACUAACUAAAGCAUUGAAAACUAUGAGUCAAGGAAAUAAAAAGCAUGCUAUUGUGCAAAUAUAUUAUUAUGGUCUGGUAUUGAUUGUACCACCACACGCUUCAGAUAAUUCGCUUUUUCUAAAUGUCCAUGUCCAAAGCUAAUUCAUUGGACCGCACAUGCUCAGUAAAUGGAAGUUGUUCACAGUAUAACAUGUGCAACCAUUACGUUCAAUGUAGUGAGUGCCUUUUGGAAAUAAAUAUUA